AUGGCGGCCAGGAGUGUUGCCUUUCAGGCUGACAUCCUGGAGUGGCUCGUGGGAAAUAAAAAACCAUUACGUGUUCUGCGUAAAGAAAGAUAUGCGUUGGAAAAAGGAUUUAUUGCCUAUUUUAAUGAUUUCCGCGAUAUGAUGAGAGAAAUCCGAGGAAAAGAAUCUAAAGAAACACAGGUUGUUAAAGAAAAAAAAGAUGAUUCUGCAGGAUCCCAAUCUCUAAGUCAAUUCUAUGAAUCUGAAGAACUAGCAAAACGAAUGAAGUGGAAACGCGUAACAUGGGAUGAUGAUGCUGAUUAUACCAGUUUUUCAAGACGCAUUCUAGAUAAUGAUAACUUAUUAAAAAAUGUUUCCGCAUUUUCUUUUUUGUCUAUUCAUGUAACAAAGGAUCCUUCUUCAACAGAAGUUAUGAAUUUUCCAUCGCGUGAAAAAAAUGUGGAAUUGGGAACUCUUACGAAUUGGGUACUUCAAGAACGUGAUCCUAUUAUUGUUGAAAAAUAUAAAUCUUCUAGGACAAAAGCAGUUGGUGGUGCUUUUACAGUUGAUUGGACAGCUGGGGUAGUAAAGAUAAUGGAUUCUGCUUCAAUUCAGGAAAUUCUUACGUUUUUACAUACAGUGGCACCCCGAUUACAAGCUCUUCAGGUUCGUAUGGAAGAACAACAAACGAAAUUAGUUGAAGAUGUUCAAAAUGUUAAAAUUCGUGUUGGAGCAGAAGUUAAAUUUAAUGAUCAUGAUACUACUUUUUGGGAUGAUCCAAAACGUAAAUCAACUCCUGAUUAUGUGUCACCAGAUGAUGUUCAACAAUUCUUACAAAGUAUGUUAAAGUCUGCUUUUCUAUAUCGAUGGUUCCUUAAGGGACAUGGUUUACGCAUUUUACCUCCAGGUAGACCUUAUUUUGUUGAUAUGGAAAAGAAAGAGGUACAAAUUCCAGCAAACUUUGCUGAUUAUAACUGGUUUGGUGCACACCAACGCUUUGAAAGUAUUGAACGGUUUUUCUCAACUAUGAGAUCGUUGUGGUGGAUGUGGUUUUCACUAGCGAUGAUUAUUGUUGGGGAUGUCGAGCUAUUGUAA